AUCACACACAAUGGCCAAGAGGAAACAGGAGCAAGAUUCAGAUUCAGACAUCGACGUCAGCUCAACUGACGACGAAUACGAACAAGAACCACAACAACAGCAAGAAGGAGCAGAAGAGGAAGAAGCAGAAGAAACAGUCAAUGUCGAUUUCGAUUUCUUUGAUUUGAACCCCGAUGUCGAUUUCCACGCUUUGAAAAACUUUCUCCGUCAGUUAUUCGGCGAUGACGCUUCUCAAUUCGACAUUUCUGGAUUGGCAGAUUUGAUCUUGACCAAACAUUCCAUCGGAACCACUAUAAAGACCGAAGGUACCGAAAGUGACCCAUUUGCUAUUCUUUCCGUAGUCAAUUUGAAUGAACAUCGUGGUAGCCCCAGCAUCAAAAAGUUGAUUGAAUAUGUGUUGAGCAAAACCAAAGACAGAACCCAGUUCAACCUUAUUUUAAAGAAAUUGUUACAUGGGAAAUCCCAAUUGAAAACGGGGUUGAUUGUAAGCGAAAGAUUAAUCAAUAUGCCUAUAGAAGUUGUGCCACCAAUGUACAAUAUGUUACUUGAUGAAAUGAGCAAGGCCGAAGACAGUCAUGAAAAGUACGAAUUUGACUAUUUCUUAGUCGUGAGUAAAGUGUACCAAUUGGUCAGUGCCAAUGAAACCGAAGAAGAAACCGAAACCAAGAGCAAAAAGAAGAAGAUUGCCAGCAAUGAACCCAAGCCUGUGGAAAUGGACUAUUUCCAUUACGAGGAUAUGGUGUUGGAAGAACACGCAAGUUACAAAGGGAUAUUCAACUACAGUGAACAGAAACAAGAAACUGAUUCAAGAAGAGUGUUUACCGAGUAUGGUAUUGACCCUAAGUUGAGUUUGUUGUUGUUGGAUAAAGCCCAGAUGAAGAAGGCGGUAGAAGACAUGCAAGUGAAGUUUCCUGCUCCAGGAGCAUAAAUUGAGUAUAACUGAUAUUAGUACGUAUUAAUAUAUGUAACACAUCUU